AUGUCCGAACAGCGACUAUUCGCAUGCGAGCGAUGUUCACGCCGUAAACAACGAUGCGAUCGCACAAUCCCUGUUUGUCAGCCAUGCCAAGAAGCUCAAGCCGAAUGUAUUGGAUCGGCGUCCGAGGAGACAGUUAUUUCCGGUACUGAUAGAGUCACGGCGCGGAAAGGACCCGUCACGCGGUUGCUGGAGCAGAUCGAGGUCUUAGAGGAGAAGCUUCGGGGUCUUGAGCGAGGCGAACCCAGUAACGACAACGCUUCUGCAGCUGUUGAGCAUGAUGGACUGUCCUCAGAUACUGCCGUAGGGGGGCCGUCUGAGCACCAGGACAACGCGACGUUACCGCACUCCACAAGCAUGAACAUGAGAUUCCUUUCCCUAAGCGCCAUGGCCGAGCCAUCUUCUCGUCGUGGCGAGUUCCUCAAACACCUCUCCACUCCGCGGUUAAUCGCAGGCAUCACAAAGACCUACGGCGGCGACCCUGAGUCCACUGCUCGCCCUGACUCACUAUGGGAAGGUAUAUCGACAUACCUUCACCAUCCUCAGGGUAGUAAACAUCGGCUACGUAUCCCCCCAGAAGAUGCGAACAAAGCUCUUGAGAUAUACCUCGCCGUCGUCGACUUUCGCUUUCCACGUCUCCCCGUGGACAAGGUACUAGUGGGCAUCGACGCUAUAUCGCAUGCCGAGGAGGACCACUUCAGAAGGGUUGUAGCUACCGAUCCUGCGCAUGUGUUUAUGGCGUACGCCGUCAUAGCUAUUGUGCCGCUCGUAAGCGAUGCAUAUCCUAUCUCACAAGGAUCCUGGGUCGCGGUGCAUGUGCUUGGGAAAUGCAUGGAGUUACUGGACAGGGUGUUUAAUCAGGAAGAUGGCAUCGACAUCAUCCAGUGCCUUCAGCUGCUUGUAAUUCUUGCUGUGCACUGUUCUGCUGCUGGCUCAGCCUGGCAUCUUUCGAGCUUCACCAUGAACAAGUGUAUCGCCCUGGGCUAUCAUCGUGAAGAUCCCAAGUCUGCCUCGGUGUCGCUGUUGGAUGUUCAACAGAGGAGAUGGACGUUUUGGGGAUGUUACUUUCUGGAUGUCUUGAUAUGCGCCGCGCUUGGGAGACCGCCGAGUAUCGAUGUUAGACACAUCGCCACUCCUCUGCCAGAGCCUGCCUCUAAUUCGCCUAGUCAAUGUGCACAGCACGGACAGAUAAUUUCGAGUCUCCGAACCUCUGAAUCCGCGACCCAUCGCCCUACUUCUCGGGAUGUGUAUCACAGGCAACUAUUCCAGUAUGCCCGACUUCUAUCCCAGGUUGUUAGUGAGACUACAAACAGUCCCCAGUCAUCAGGUCCUUGCGACGACUUCGAGCAUCACCUCGGGAAGGCCAUUAGCUGGAGAAUCAGUUCGCUGCCACAUGAUGAGCCAGACCGUUGUAAUAUUUAUCUCUUCCAGACCUCCUUAUACAACACCCUCAUGUUACGACUGGCGGUUAGGGAACUGUUGACUCUAUUCUCUUUUGGGCCUGAGUUGAAUGACUUCGAGCCUACUUCCGACGCAAUCACCAUGUUUCUAGGUGAUAUGAAUACUGAGGAGAGCCGGAUGAAGAGAUUGAAGGUUUCACAAAUAUGCGUAGCUGUGGCACGAAGUUUGGACCGCGUUCACAUGACAGAUCGUUCUUAUCUCUCUCUCAUCACUGGCUACAGCUCUUCGACCAUGGCAUUUACCUGUUUAUACGUGAUGGCUGUUCGAACUAUCGUAAGGAAUAGAGUAGGAGAGAAUACCACCUGGCAUGUCCCUCAAAGUCACUUGGGAUCAAAUGGCUCAAGUAUGACAUGGCAACCGCCACCGCCCUCAUUACCUUUCCAGAACCCUGGAGAUGCCGUACCAUCAUUUGGUACCAGUUCCUCCCGCUCCUACCAUCUAUCACCCGAAGGUCAGGCAUGGGCGGAUAGCCUUGAGGUUGAUGGUGUCAAUGAUGCGUUCAAUAUUGCCAUUACUAAAGUUGACGUGGUAGGAAGACAAUUCCCUCGACUGAAUCAUUAUGGUCGCAUGGCUCUCGGUAUUCCUGAGGUUAUUGGUGAUCAGCUUGGAGCAAUCAAGGCCAGCGCUCAGGAGAUUGGGCCGAUAUAUUUAAGACAGAUCACGGCUGCCAUCCUGUGUAUAAUCUCUCAGGAUGAGCCGAAUUGA